CAUACACACCCCUGUCUCUUCAGUUGUUGUCAACAAGGCAGAAGGAAGAGUGCUGGAAACAUUGCAUUGAAGAAGUGAAUAUGAUUGUCGUCCAACUCAUCAUACUUUUUUUGAUUUUUAACCAACAUGUUGCUGGUUUGACAUGCAAAACAGGUGAAAAAGUAUCCCGUAAUGGAAAUGGAUGUGAACCCUGCAAACGAGGCUCUUAUCAGGAUCAUGAAAAUACUUCAAAAUCUUGUAAAGCAUGUAGAACGUGUGACACUAAUCAUGGUAGUGACAUUAAACAGCAUUGUACCAGAUUCACAAACACAAGAUGUGCGUGCCGUGAAGACUUUGUUCCAUGGGACAGUGAUUCUUUCAACUGCAAAUGUGCUGAGGGAUUUAAACGAAUAGGAGGAGAAUGUAAACGAUGUGAAGAAGGAUUUUUCAUUACAUCUCAAAACUCAGACUGUAAAAAAUGGAAAGAAUGUAAAUCAGGAGUGAAAAUCAGUGGAACUGCAAUGUCAGAUGUUAUCUGUAAUGAGCCAAACAGUGAUACUUACAGCACUACACUUCCCACAUCAAACACAAUUACUACUCUCCGAGGUUUAAUAACUCAACGUCCACAGUGGGAGGCCCAAACUCAGGGGAUGGAUACUACUACUACUCCACGAGUGGCCACUUCCACAAAGAAAGUGCUUCCAACUCCUAGAUCUGUUAGCUCUCCUCCACAAGUAGCCACUUCUACAACAAAAUCCAAAUUAUUUUGGCACAGCCUUCAUUUUCCAUUGUUUCUGAGAUGAAGGCACAGAUUUAAAAAAAAAAAAAAAAAAAAGCUAUGUAAACUGUAGCUGACUUUUUUUAUCUUACCAGGUAUGGCUCAUUAUCUUGGAAUUUCAAAUUUGUAAUCUUUAAAAGGCUUUUGUCACUCUGACAAUCAGGGAGGAAGGAAAUGGAAUACUUAUAACUGGAAUUUGUUCCAAAUUUGUUUACAUGAGCAAUCCACGUAAGGAUAACUUAGAUGUCUAUAGCACUCAUAUUCAUUACAUGUAUACAAUUGCCACUACUGCUACUGUGGUUUAGUAAGUAAAAGUAUUUUACAGUUAUCUUUUUUUAAAAGAUUGUUUGAAACAUAUGAAUCUGUAAAAGUUAAAACAUUUAAAACAUCUUGUGUAUUAUCUGUAUCACCAAAACAUUAUUUGCUAUUAAUGCGCCUGCAGCAACACAACUCUGAAGUUGGGCAAAAGAUGUGCUCUAGGUUGCGGCUGUGUUAUAUAUGGGAAGUGCUGAUUGGCCCAAGUGCAGCUCUUUCAUCAGUGGCAAUUAUAUGUAAUUAACUUUUAAUGUUGUGCAUUUUCUUUGAUUUAUAAAUUGUCAAUUUGCUUAGUCUUCUUCUUCUUUUUGCCUGUCCUGUACGGCAUUGUAGCAAUCAGAAUUACUGUCUGAAGGUCAAGAAAAAUGCCCAAGAGAUUUAUUUUUCCAAGUGGACCAUUACAGCUUUUGCAAUUCUGGUUCAAUUGAUUGUCAUAGUUUAUUUGAUCUUUAUUAUUAUUAUUUUGAUUUAAGUUAUUACAAUCAGAAUGGACAGGACAGAGAAAGAAGAAGGAAAGAGAAGUUCGGAAGAGAGUUAACAGACUGAGAGGGAAAGAAAAAUAGAGGAGAAGAAGGAAGCAGAUUGAAAAAAAAACAAGCAAAAAUAAAACAGCACAGUAAGGAAACCACAGCAAUAACCAAUAUGGGCAUGAGUAACAGCAAUUAAUAAAAAUGUAAUGUUAACUGUACAAUACAUGAUAUGUUUAGAGGCAGCA